AUGAAGGGGACCUCGAUUUUCCAGUUCAAGUCCUGGCCUAAGAUUAACCAGCCACUACCUCGAACUCCAAGAGAGUCUCAGCAAUUACUCAACGCCCUCACAUCCUCAUUUCGUCGUCAGUUGGAUCACGCAUACCCGGUAUCUAAUUCAGACCACCAUGAAGGCAGCCGACAACCCUUGAAUACCGAUUCCUCACUUCAUGCAACCGAUCAACACUUGCAUACCAUUCUAGACAACCCACUGUUUCGCAUCGUACCACCCAAAGGCAUCACUCCAGACCAUCAUGCUGUCCGAGGCAUCGAUGAACAGAAUCGAUUGGCCAAGGAACCCAUGGUUGUGUUUGAUGAGCUAGCGGCCUCAGGCUCCGUUACACCUUCUACCAUCACCAAUUGCUUGAAAUCUCAGCUUCUACUGGUCCGAGCUCCUGCUGAGAAAGAUGUCAGCGAAUCGAUGAAGACCUCUCGGGCAGCAUCCCGCGUGGUUGAAUGGUUUUGGGCUUCCGAUGGGGCCUCUCGGCAGAUGUUGUUGCAUUCACGAGCGACUACCUCGGCUUUGACCAAGUUCAUGAUCGCUGAGGGUCUUCAAGACACCAUCAUCCAGUGGAUUAAAAUGCUCUUGGCCCGCGACUUGGGCGGGUAUAAUGGUCGAAUCACAGAUGCAAUCGCCCAACAGAGUGUCAACCAAGUGCUCAUCGACUUUAUGGAUGCCGAACUUCGAUAUGGAGAGGGCCUCCCAUCAGCCUUGAAAUAUUAUCUACGUGUCUGUCAGAUACAUUCAAUGUCGCCUCAUCCAACCAAGUCCGCAAAGCCAAUCCUGCUGGCAGCCGGAGCCAAUCUGAGUCGGGCGGCUAUGGAUGCCAAACCGUUGAAUGAGAAGGUCACUCCUUACCUAUACGACGAGUACUUGGCAGUCAUUUCUUCUUUGGCAUCUCCCCGAUCAUUGUUGUUUUCGAGCGUCUCCCUCUGCCAUCCUAGUAAACCAGACACGACGCCUUUCAUUCGUUUCGUGGAGUCCCUUUCACCCGCCAAAGUUCAGGCUUGGAAUGAUUCCCGCCGGGACGCCUUUCUUCGCAUUGCCUGUGAUGCUCUCCGCCUUCUGAUCGAUCAGAAGAAAAUUCGAAAUGCAACUGAUCUGGCUCGCCAUGUGCAACUCUUGCUCCCAGGUGAUACAACAGACAAUGCUGAGGGAUCUCGCAUCCGGUCUUCCAUCAGAGAGGAAGAUGGUAUUUUCAGUCAUUUGGAGCUGAGCUUAACCUGA